AUGUGCCUUAGGGUGCCCAGUGCAUACCAGACCGUCUCGAAAGACACGGUAUGCGUGCUAGCGGGCAUGUUGUCGAUAGCACCAGUGCUGGCCGAGUAUGUUGAGUGCCACGAAGAAAGAGAUACCAAGGGCUACCGUGAUCUGGACCGCAAGUGUUUCCUGAUAAGCGGAGACGUUGAUGUGAUCAACGAAGAUGUUGGCGAUAGCACAGCCGCGUGCGUUCUGGGAACUGCUCAAGUCGAAUUCAUGGAGCUGUUCACAGAAGAAAUUGUAAUGCCAAGAGACUGUCCUGACCCUGACGAGAUCGCAACCAACUCCUACGAUGAAGAAGAAGCCAGAAACAACACAUUGGAGACGUCCAGUAAUGAUUUCGAAGAUGCUUGCAGCAACGCGUUCCCACCGCAACUAAGAAGACCAAAGAAUGAGGAGCAGCGGUCGGGAGCGUACUUGUCCAGGCAAUACCUUAAGAAGCAGCUCUUCAGGGCUCUCUACAAUCUGCCAGCAGUCAAGCAGGAGUGUGCAACGCGCAUCCACGGCUUGGUCGACGAUUAUCAACGUCAUGUUCGCGCCCUAUCGAAGCUGGGCGAACCCGUGGACCAUUGGGACUUGCCACUCAUCCAACUGCUCUCCUACAAGCUGGAUCAAGCGACACUUCGGGUCUGGGAGGAGAAAACCAGCCAAAAGGACGAUGUGAAGUACGAUGAACUGGUCGAAUUUCUAUACCAACGGGUACGGAUUCUCCAGUCCGUAGGACCAGAAAGUCAUCACUCUACCUCGUCGAAGGUGGCCGGCAAUCCGCAGAAGAGCUUCAAGCAGAAAGUGUCAGUCAACGCCGCAACAGCAUCCCCUCCAAGCUAUUCGUGUCCACUUUCCUGUUCGGACAGUCAUUCGUUGCGAACGUGUCCAGUAUUCCUUGGGAAAGGUAUCAGCCAGAAGCCAGGUGUUUCCCAGAAGCGGCUGUGUUGGAACUGUCUCAGUUUCGGCCACCAAUCCAAGAAGUGUGGUUCCAAAUUCAGCUGUCGCACGUGUCGUGAGAAGCACCACUCGCUUCUGCCCGAUCCCGCUCCAGUGCAAGUAUCCGCUACUCCAGCCAUCCAAACAAGCUCAGCCGAGCCAACCGUGUCAUCGAAGCCCGCUCCAUUGGUUCAACAACCGCGUCCAUCCACUUCCCAAUCUGUGGAUGCUUCGGGUUCCCGUCAAGUCAGCAUGGCAGUCCAAACUGCAUGCACCAUGACGUUGCUGGAAACGGUUAUUCUCAACAUCGUCGAUGAUCACGGCAACACGCACAAGGCUCGAGCUCUCCUCGAUUCGGCAUCGAUGUCGAAUUUCAUUUCGAAACCGCUGGCGAAACAUCUCUAUAGUCACCGGUCUACAGUGGAUGUGUCUGUCUCAUGCAUCGGAUCAUCCACGCAGAAGAUCAGUAGUGCCAUUACUGCCACCAUCGAGUCGGGAGAUCGAACGAUCUCGAUGAAACUGCAGUUUUUGGUACUGAAGCAGCCGUCGUCGGAUCUACCAACAAUGCCGAUUGACAUCUCGGCAUGGAAGUUGCCCAACGUGCAGCUAGCAGAUCCGCAGUUCAGUGUUCCUGGAAGUGUUGACCUCGUCAUUGGUAGUGAAACCUACUGGGAACUCCACACGGGACGAAAGAUUUCUCUUGGUGAAGGUCUUCCGUGGGUAGUCGAAACUCCAUUUGGUUGGGCGGUCACUGGUCCCGCCUCGCGCUCGGCUACCUGCAUUCCACGGUUCUGCUAUCUUUCUACCGCUGAUGAUCGACUAGAAGCCGCUCUACGCAAGUUCUGGGACAUGGAAACAAUUCCAUCGGGUCCAGUUCGAUCGUCCGAAGAGAAUCACUGUGAAGAGCUGUACGCUGCAACGACGACGCGCGAUGCGACAGGAAGGUACAUCGUUCGCCUCCCGAGGACCGAAGAUCCUGAAAAGGUUCUGGGAGAAUCCAGAUCAAUCGCCGAUCGACGCUUUUUGAGCCUGGAACGCCGUCUUGGAAGAGAUCCUGCAACCAAGGACUCAUACGAUCGGUUCAUGGACGAAUAUUUGCACCUUGGCCACAUGAAGAAGGUGUCAGAGCCUGAUGAUCGUAUCCCACACUGCUACAUUCCCCACCACGUCGUAUUCAAGGAAUCGAGCACGACCACGAAGGUCAGGGUAGUCUUCGACGCGUCAUGCAAGACCUCGCCCGGCUACUCCUUGAACGACUCGCUCCUGGUUGGACCGGUUGUCCAGCAGGACCUCUACUCUAUCUAUUUGAGGUUCCGGACGCGAAUCAUCGCUGUCGUAGCAGAUGUGGAGAAGAUGUACUGGCAAGUGUUGCACCAUCCCGAGGAUCUAUCAUUCCUCCGAAUUCGCCAUCGCACCAGUUCGUCCGAUCCCAUCGAGACGUACGAACUUCAAACCGUCACAUACGGUACCGCAAGCGCACCGUAUCUUGCAACGAAAACACUUCAGCAGAUUGCCAAGGAUCAAGCGGAACUGUAUCCCGCUGCCGUCGAACCAGUCGUCGAUGAUUUCUACGUCGACGAUUUUCUGUCUGGCGCUGUAAUCUGCUGUAGUUCUACGACAGCAAGUCACCGCUAUGCUUGGUUCCACCGGAUUCACCUUGAAGAAAUGGGCGUCGAACGCUCAGGAAGUGCUGCAAGAUGUUCCGCCGAAGAUCUGGCCAUUCAACCGCUUCACGACGUGCAGGAUGAGCAGGCAAUCUCCACGCUCGGUCUGAUGUGGGAUCCGAAGGCCGACAACCUUAGAUUCAAGGUAGAUCUACCACUCCCCGCUGCCAUCCUAACCAAGCGCAAAGUGAUGUCGUACAUGGCUCAGAUCUUCGACCCUUUGGGCCUGUUAGGUCCAGUUAUCGCGAAGGCGAAGCUUUUCAUGCAGCGUCUGUGGGCGCUGAAGCAGGACAGUGUCUCCUGCGAGUGGGAUUCUCCGUUGCCCGACAAACUUCAGCAGGAGUGGAAGCUGUUCCACACUACGCUAUCCAUCCUCUCCGAAGUUCGAGUUCCUCGUCUGGUUGUUUCUCCCGACAGUGACAGUAUUCAGCUCCAUUUUUUCGCCGAUGCAUCCUCCGUUGCGUAUGGAGCCUGUUGUUUUGUUCGCACGGAGUCGGCGAACGGCAUUCAAGUUCGCCUUCUGACGUCGAAGUCAAAGCUCUGCAAGAAGGUCGAAGCAUCACUUAAGAUCACCCCUCCCGCCUAUUUCUGGUCAGAUUCCAGUUCCGUGCUGCAGUGGCUGCGCGCUUCUCCAACUCGCUGGAAGACAUUCGUCGCGAAUCGGGUGUCUAAAAUCCAGAACACCACGUGCAUCGAUCACUGGAGGCACAUCGCUGGCUCCGAGAAUCCUGCAGACGACAUUUCUCGCGGACUCAACCCAGCAGACAUCCUCAACUCGUCUCGCUGGUGGCAAGGGCCGUCCUGGCUCACCCUGGCGCCGGAAUGCUGGCCCAAGACCAUCAUCGAUGAAGCAAACUCUCCCGCAGCAUCCGAGGAAGGACGCAAACCUCCAGUCGUGGCGAUGACAGCCGCGCAAACUACUUUCUGUGGAGAUUUGUUCUCCCGUUAUUCCCGCUACGAUAACCUACGCCGAGUAGUAGCAGUCUGCAGUCGCUAUCUGCACUGCUUGAAGGAGCGCGCACAGCUGCGCCGUUCCGGGUCGCACACCGCUACGCUAAGCGUUGGCAACCGAUCGAAACCUCCACCUAUUCCACCUCUCACCAUCGCCGAGCUCCAACACGCUGAACACCUUCUCUGCCGCUUGGCACAGCACGAAACAUUCGCUGAGGAGUUCUCGGAUCUAGCAAACGGUGAUCGUGUCGCCAAGUCAUCAGCACUCAAGUGGCUGAAGCCCUUCAUCGACGAAGACGGUACCCUCCGCGUUGGUGGUCGCCUGCGCAAUGCCGCACUAUCCAUCGCAAACAAACACCCGAUCGUUCUGUCCACCAAACAUCCGCUGUCUGCUCUGCUGGCUAGCAGUUUACACGUAAGUCUACUGCACGCAGGUCCACAACUCCUGCUAGCCACUCUACGCCAGAAGUUCUGGUUCCUUGGCGGCAGAAAUCUUGUAAAGUCCGUCUUCCACCAAUGCCACACUUGUUUCCGCUCCAAGCCCACUCUAGUCCAGCAGAGCACAGCCGAUCUGCCGGUCUCGCGAGUUUCGCCGACGCGUCCGUUUUCCGUGUGCGGGGUCGACUACUGUGGACCGUUCUACGUGAAGUCAGCAGUUCGAAACCGUGGUCCUACCAAGGUCUACGUGGCCAUUUUCGUCUGCUUUUCGACCAAGGCAGUCCACAUCGAGCUAGUUAGCGACUUGUCAACUCCUGCGUUUCUAGCUGCACUCCGUCGUCUCGUCGCCCGCCGUGGAAGGAUAGUCGAACUCCAUUCCGACAACGCCACUACCUUCAAGGGUGCGUCGCAUGCACUCAACAGAGUCUACCGCAUGCUGAAGGUAGAAGUCGCUGAUCGUCAGCAAACUUUCGACUGGUGCUCUGGGAACGAAAUCACCUGGAAAUUCAUUCCACCUAGAGCGCCACACUUUGGCGGCCUCUGGGAGGCCGCGGUCAAGUUGGCGAAAACCCACCUGCUGAAGGUCGUCGGCAACAUCAACCUCGCCUACGAGGAUUUUUUAACCUUGUUGGCGCAAGUCGAGAUGCGCCUCAAUUCUCGCCCUCUGACGCCGAUACCAGAGGACCCCGGCGAUCUAGACGUCCUAACGCCAGGACACUUCCUCGUCGGAAGUAAUAUGCAAGCGGUUCCCGAAUCAAACUGGAAAGAGACCGCCAACAAUCGUCUGGACCACUGGGAGUUAACCCAGAAACAUCUGCAGCAGAUCUGGUCCCGCUGGUACCCAGAGUACCUGCAACAGCUGCAAUCUCGCGCAACGAAAGGUUGCAACCCGCCUGUCACCAUCGAGGUCGGCGCUAUCGUCAUCAUCAAGGAGGACAACGUUCCGCCAGCAAACUGGCCGCUGGGGAAAAUCAUCCGGCUCCACCCCGGAAAGGACGGUGUCAUGUCGUUCGUGUGGUGA